GCAGGAUAUUGACUUCAGGCAGGCAGUAAAGCUAGACACGUGACACAAGAUCACCAGAAUGCGGAAAGAGUCCCGAGGAUCUUGUUAGGGGGUUUACGGUUUAUCAACAAAGCGUAUAAGCGGCAAUUAAACGGUUUAAUUUUCUAAUAUUUGGGCGUUUGUGUUGUCAAGGAAGAAACGGACAAUUGAAAACACAAACCCUGCUGCUAAAAUAAAAGCAAAAUGUCAUCGGAAGAGUUUGAAAAGCUGCAGGAGAUCUUCAAAUCCCUUUAUGACGAACUGAAGUUGAUGCCCGACAGAUUACUGAAAUGUCAAGGAGAGGAGAAGAAGAGGUUGGUGCGAACCUUUGACGAAAGACAUGGAGAAGCAGUGGAAGUGCUGCAAGGGAUGGAGCAGGAGUUGGUCGGUGUCCCCUCGUCCUACCGCAACACCAUGUCCACCAAGCUGCGUCUGUACCGCAGAGACCUGGGGAAGCUCCAGAGAGAGGUGAAGAGCUCUGAUCUGUCCUCCUCUACCCGGCCAGCAGAGGGCGCCUACGGCAUCUACUCCUCUCAGAACGAACACAGCACCCAGCUUCAGUCUCAGAGGGUCUUGCUCCUCCAGGGACACGAGCACCUGCACAACGCCAGUCAGAGUAUAGAGAGGAGUCAGCGCAUCGCCGCGGAGACAGACCAGAUCGGCGUGGACAUCAUCGAGGAGCUGGGAGAGCAGAGAGAACAGCUGGACCGCACCAGAGACCGACUCGUCAACACCGGGGAGAACCUCAGCCGCAGCAGGAAGAUCCUACGAGCCAUGUCUCGCCGACUGAUGACCAACAAGCUGUUGUUAUCUGUCAUCAUUCUGAUGGAGCUGGUCAUACUGGGUGCAGUCGUCUACCUCAAGUUUUUCCGCAAGUAGCGGACCCGCUUGACGCGUCAACAAGCAAUACAGGUCGCAGCCAGCGCUCAGCAAAGCUCUCUUCUCCCUGUCCUCUCCGCUCUCUUUUCUGUCCUUUCUCAUGUCCUGUCCUCUCUCUCUCUCUCCCCUUGUCCUCCCCUCUCUCUUCUCUCCUCUCCCCUCUCUCUCUCUCCCCUUGUCCUCCCCUCUCUCUUCUCUCUUCUCCCCUCUCUCUCUCUCCCCUUGUCCUCCCCUCUCUCUUCUCUCCUCUCCCCUGUCCUCUCUCCUCUCCCCUCUCUCUCUCUCUCCCCUUGUCCUCCCCUCUCUCUUCUCUCCUCUCCCCUGUCCUCUCUCCUCUCCCCUCUCUCUCUCUCCCCUUGUCCUCCCCUCUCUCUUCUCUCCUCUCCCCUGUCCUCUCUCCUCUCCCCUCUCUCUCUGUCCUCUCUCCUCUCCCCUCUCUCUCUCUCCCCUUGUCCUCCCCUCUCUCUUCUCUCCUCUCCCCUCUCUCUCUCUCCCCUUGUCCUCCCCUCUCUCUUCUCUUCUCUCCUCUCCCCUCUCUCUCUCUCCCCUGUCCUCUCUCCUCUCCCCUGUCCUCUCUCCUCUCCCCUCUCACCCUCUCCCCUGUCUUAUCUCUUCUCUGUCCACAUAUACCUCACUGUGCUGUUCCUGACCUGAGCUAAACCACUGAACUCUUGUAAUAUAUCCCUGGGCCUGGGUAGUGCUCAUGAGAACACAACACGGUUUUCUUGACUGAAGAUGAGGAACAGUGUGAGAAAGAAUGAUCGUUUCUGUUCUUCAGGAAGUGGGGGAGUGCAUCUAAGACUCAACGAGUCAACGUGUUUCAAUCCAGGAUGUAUGGACCGAACCAAACCCAGGAUCGUUAUAUUAAUACUGGACAUGGAUGUGAUACAGACGUCUGAUCCAGGAUACAGACAUCUGACUGUCGUCUGAUCCAGGAGUGAACUGCCGUGGUUCUGUUCUGUCAUGGAGAACUUUAUCAUUUCUGCAGUCAUUUAUUUACUGACUUGAGUUGCUGUGUAGGAUGGAUUUUUUUUUUGUGUGUUUUUGUAUCAGGUCUGAGCGUUAAGGUCUCAUCAAUCCUACCCACGCUCCUUUACUCUUAGUCUCGACAUAACUCUACUGCUGUAGGGGCCUUCCGAGUGGCGCAGUGGUCUAAGGCGCUGCAUUGAUUCUGUGUUCGAGUCCAGGCUCUAGUCGCAGUCGGCCGCGACCAGGAGACCCAUGGAGCGGCGCAGAAUUGACCCGUCGUCGUCCGGGUUAGGGGAGGGUUUGGCCCGUCGUCGUCCGGGUUAGGGGAGGGUUUGGCCCGUCGUCGUCCGGGUUAGGGGAGGGUUUGGCCCGUCGUCGUCCGGGUUAGGGGAGGGUUUGGCCGGCAGGGAUGUCCUUGUCCCAUCGCGCACUAGCGACUCCUGUGAUGGGCCCGGGAGCAGUGCACGCUGACCAGGUCGCCAACACAUUGGUGCGGCUGGCUUCCGGGUUAAGUGGGCGUUGUGUCCAGAAGCAGUGCGGUUUGGUUGGGUCGUGUUAGAGGACUCACGGCUCUCGACCUUCGCCUCUCCCGAGUCCGCACAGGAGUUGCAGCGAUGAGACAAGACUGUAACUACCAAUUGGGGAGAAAAAAAGGUGGUAAAAAAUAUAUAUAAAUAAAUAAAGAAAUAUGAACACUACUGCUUGUGCUGCUGUUAUGACAACACCUUGAGGGCUGAGCAGUUAAAGGAUUUAUCCAUACUAACUUGUGAACUACUCAUAGUCUUUCAUUGAAAUGCAUGAAAUUAAAAUAUGCAUUCUCCAUUACUGAAUUCCCUCCUAUAGAAAUACCUUUUUGACAUGUACUAACAAUAACAAAAAGCAAUGAAUUGAUAUAAAUGGGGUUUCUAAAUGUA